AUGACAUCCUUUCUGAAGAAGCCCUUGAAGCUGGCUCUAGUCCAGCUUGCAUCUGGCGCGGACAAGGCCGUCAACCUUUCUCAUGCUCGGAGCAAGGUCCUCGAGGCCGCACAGGCCGGCGCACGCCUGAUCGUCCUCCCCGAAUGCUUCAACUCUCCCUACGGCACUCAAUACUUCCCCAAAUACGCCGAGACCCUUCACCCUUCCCCGCCGACGAAGGAACAAUCACCCUCGUUCCACGCGCUGUCAGCGAUCGCCGCCGAGGCAAACGCAUACCUGAUCGGCGGCAGUAUUCCCGAGCUGGAGCCGGAGAGCAAGAAAUACUACAACACGUCGCUGGUCUUUUCGCCGACGGGGGUUUUGAUUGGAACCCAUCGCAAGACGCACAUGUUCGACAUCGAUAUCCCGGGCAAGAUCAAGUUCAAGGAGAGUGAUGUGCUGUCUCCAGGCAAUGAAUUGACGGUGAUUGAUCUGCCGGAAUACGGCAAGAUUGGAUUGGCGAUCUGUUACGACAUUCGAUUCCCCGAGUCGGCUAUGAUCGCAGCCCGCAAGGGCGCUUUCCUACUGGUUUACCCGGGCGCAUUCAACACUGUUACCGGACCUCUUCACUGGUCACUCCUGGGACGUGCUCGUGCUGUUGACAACCAGACGUAUGUGGCCUUGUGCAGUCCCUCGCGUGACCUCGAGUCGACCUACCAUGCCUACGGUCACAGUUUGAUCGCGGAUCCCAGCGCGAAAAUCCUGGCCGAGGCCGAGGAGAAGGAGACCACCAUAUAUGCGGAUCUCGACAAUGAUACCAUUGUGAACACUCGCAAGGGUGUUCCGAUCUAUACCCAGCGCCGGUUCGAUGUUUACCCUGACGUCAGUGGAGAGAGCUCGAAAUAA